AUGACAGCCAUAGAGCCAGAUCGAAACUUCGUUUUAAAAGAUGGGUAUCGUUACUUUAUUGUGGCAUUAGCAUUACUAUGUCUAACAUCGAUCUCUGCCAAUGUUCAAGCUUUCAAUAUGGCUGUGGUUUGUAUGACAAAAGCUGAUAACAAUGAAACUGAGGUAGGUAGAGUGGCAAGAACUUUCCUUCCAAAACAAAAAAUCGCAGGAACUUUCUUUCCAAAACAAAAAAUGACAAGAACUUCCUUUACAAAGCAAAAAAGGGAAGAACUUUCUUUACAAAAUAAAAAAUGGCAAGAACUUUCUUUACAAACCUUAAUUUUCCAAAAAUUUCCAAUUUUCAGACAUCGACCGGUCCAUUUUACGACUACAAAGAUGACAAACUUCGAAACCUUAACUGGGCUGUGGGUAUUGGUAGUGCAAUAGGCACAUUCCCCUUUAGUAUCGCUUAUACUCGCUUCGGAGCCAAGUAUAUCAUUGGUAUUGUUGGAAUGAUAUCGGCCGCUUUAUGUAUUGUCACACCAUUGGCUGCUGCUCAUGGUGAAUAUUGGUUUUAUGCGGUUAGGGUACUACAUGUAGGUCUUUUGUUACAGUAAAAUUUUGAAUUUUAAAACAUUUUUAAAAAAAUUAAAUUCUCAAUUUUAGGGAUUAGCAUAUUCAGCUGAUUUCGCUGCCAUUGGCUUACUUUGCACCAAAUGGGCUCCGCUAGCUCAGAGUGCGUUUUAUGUUUCUACUUUAACUUCUUAUUCGUCUUUAUCAUCGUUGUUAAUGUUUGUAUUCGGAGGUUAUGUAAGUUUAUUAUUAUUGUACCCUACGCUACCCUAUCCUACCCUACCAUACCCUACCCUACCCUACCCUACCCUACCCUACCCUACCCUACCCUACCCUACCCUAGCCUACCCCACCCUACCCUACCCUACCCUACCCUACCCUACCCUACACUACCCUGCCCUACCCUACCCUACCCUACCUCGCCCUACCCUACUCCGAGAAGCAAUUUUUUCCGGACCGGUCCCGGAGUGGGUUUUUUUUUAUCCGGUCCCAGAUUUUUUUGGACCGGUCCGGUCCAGCUCAGUUUUAUUUUUGCUUUGCUUCGGUUCGUCCAGAGGGUUUCUUUCGACCUUAUCAUAACCAGUGCCGGGCGGGGUUUUUGGUGUGGAGGCGGGGGUCAAAAAAUCCACAGGGAGUAACACGUUCAACUUUUUUCGAAAUUUUUUGGGGGGGGGGCCCCCCUCCAGCGCCCGCCUCUGAUCAUAAGCUCAACUACUGAAUUAAAUUACCGUCACUGGCCUUACCCUACCCAAGAGUACCCUAUACAUUAGCUUAAACCUCCAUUCUACCUUACCUUACCCUACUUUAUGCUUUUCCAAGUCAUACCUUUGUUAUUCGUAGUCCCAGCUUUUUUGUAAAACCCUUAUGACAGUAUAUUAAACCAUUCCUAUUUCAGAUGUGCGAGACCAGUAUAGGUUGGCCACUAAUCUACUACACCUGCGCGGCAGCCGGCUUCCUUUUCUUCAUUCUCUGGUUCAUUUUCUUUGAUGAUUUGCCUUCAGAAUCUCGUUUCACCUCAGCCAAAGAAGUAGAACUGAUCCAAGAAGGUAAAGGAGACGAAGAAAUCCACCAAGUCAAGAAAGUACCCUACCUUCAAAUCAUGACCAACCCAGUAUGUUGGACCAUUUGGUACAAUUCGUUUGCCGAAAUCGCUACCAGCUUCUUCUUGUACUCAUUUGUGGCCAAAUUCCAUCACAAUGUACUCGGGUUUUCGAUUCAUACGGCCGGUCUUAUGGCCGCUUUACCAUCCUGCAUCUACAUACCAUUGCGCAUUGUUGUCGGCUACAUAAACGAUCGUAUCACCUUCGUACAGCCGCGUAUGAAGUUGAUCGUGUUCAACUCGAUCGCCCUGGUUCUACCAGCUUUUGUCUAUGUUGUAGUAGGCUUUAUUGGCCCGGAGCUGAGAGUUUUGUCGGUAGUUUGCUUCGUCACAAUUUACAUUUUCUACGCCUUCUCCGGGGGUGGAUUCUACAAGUGCGCAACGUUGGCUACACGACAAUAUUCUCACUUUGUGAUUGCUAACAUUCAGUUUAUCAAAUGUAUAACAUUGUUCGCUGGACCGGCAUUGUUCAAGGAGGCUGUGCAUGAUGAGUCACAGCUCUCGGAAUGGAGAGUAGCAUUCUUGGUCAUUGCUGGAGUAUUACUAACGGUAUGUUUGAGCGAAAGGGCAAAAACUUUCUUUACAAAACAAAAUAUGGCAAGAACUUUCUUUACAAAUCAAAAACUGGCAAGAACUUUCUUUCCAAAAGUCAAAACGACUAGAACUUUCUUUACAAACUGAAGAAUGGCAAGAACUUUCUUUACAAAACAAAAAAUGGCAAGAACUUUCUUUACAAAACAAAAAAUGGCAAGAACUUUCUUUACAAAUCAAAAAAUGGCAAGAACUUUCUUUACGAAACAAAAAAUGGCAAGAACUUUCUUUACAAAACAAAAAAUGACAAGAACUUUCUUUACAAAACAAAAAAUGGCAAGAACUUUCUUUACAAAACAAAAAAUGGCAAGAACUUUCUUUACAAACUGAAGAAUGGCAAGAACUUUCUUUACAAAUCAAAAAAUGGCAAGAACUUUCUUUACGAAACAAAAAAUGGCAAGAACUUUCUUUACAAAACAAAAAAUGGCAAGAAAUUUCUUUACAAAACAAAAAAUGGCUGUAUAUAAAUUUUAGGCAGGAGUCCUGUUCAACAUAAUGGCCACAGACAAACCACAAAAGUUUACGGGUGUUGACAAACUACAAGAUAAAGGCAAUAAACAUUAA